AUGGCGUCGGAGGAUCUUUCCACGGCGCCUGAAGAAGCCCCUAAGAUAUCGAAACGCGCUGCAGAGAAAGCGGCCAAAAAAGCCGAAAAGGCUAAGAAAAAGGCAGAAACAAAGGUUGAGAACGUCCCGCUCCGGCCCAAAAAUGAGGCAAAGCCUGCCCAGCCCGCGAGUAUGUUCGCCGAGGGCUGGCUCAAAAAGGUCUACGAAGAGAAGCCCGUACCAGUCCGUACACGGUUUCCCCCAGAACCCAAUGGCUUCCUUCAUAUCGGUCAUGCCAAAGCGAUCACGGUCAACUUCGGCUUCGCUGAAUACCAUGGCGGGGUAUGCUUCCUCCGAUUCGACGAUACAAACCCGGAGAAGGAGGACGAAAUAUUUUUCACUUCCAUCAUAGACAUGGUCAAGUGGCUGGGUUUCAGACCGUACCAGAUCACCUACAGCAGCGACAAUUUCGACCGGCUGUACGAGCUUGCUGAAGAGCUUAUCAGAAGAGACAAGGCAUACGUCUGCCACUGCUCACAGGAAGAGACCAACAACCAGCGUGGUGGUCCCGACAACCGCGGGAAACGCUACGGCUGUGUGCACCGCGAUCGACCAACUGAGGAAUCUCUGACCGAAUUUCGGGCCAUGCGCGACGGCAUAUACGAGCCCCGAGAAGCAUUCCUACGGAUGAAGCAGAAGCUGACAGACCCGAGCGAAGGCAACCCCCAAAUGUGGGACCUCCCAGCCUACCGCGUUGUCAAGAAAAGCCACCCCCGAACCGGCGACAAAUGGCGCAUCUAUCCAACCUACGACUUCACACACUGCCUUUGCGACGCCUUCGAAGAAAUCUCCCACUCCCUCUGCACAACCGAGUUCUACCUCUCGCGCACCUCCUACGACUGGCUCUGCGAAGCCCUCGACUUCAAGAUCCCCGGCUCCGAGGCUAAAGGUCCUAUGCAGCGCGAGUACGGCCGGCUCAACGUCGCCGGCACCAUUCUUUCCAAGCGGCGCAUCCAGAUGCUCGUCGAGGGCUCUCUCAAACACAACAUUCUCCCCGCCGUCCGCGGCUGGGACGACCCCCGCCUGUACACCCUUGUCGGUAUCCGCCGGCGUGGCGUACCACCAGAGGCGCUCAAGACCUUCAUCAGCGAGCUCGGCGUCACGGACGCGCUGACCAACAUCGAAGUCACGCGCUUCGAGCAGACAGUGCGGCGGCACCUCGAGCAGACCGCGCCUCGACUUUCUCUGAUCCUCGACCCCAUCCUCGUCACUAUUGAGGAUCUACCCGAGGACUACUCAACCGAGCUAUGCAUACCUUUCCACCCCAAGAAACCCGACGGCGAAGCCAGAACCGUCACACUCAGCCGCAAGAUCUACAUCGACCGCUCCGACUUUCUCGAACAAGACGACUCGAAUUUCUUCCGGCUGGCGCCGGACAAGACCGUCGGGCUCCUGAACGUGCCCUUCCUGAUCCGAUGCACCGGCUUCACGAAAUCUGACUCCGGCGCCGUUGAGAGCAUCCAGGCCGUCAAGGUCGAAGGGGGCGAGAAGCCCAAGGCUUACAUCCACUGGGUUGACGCAACAUCCUGCACGCCGGCGACAGCGCGGAUCUACAACGCGCUGUUCCUAUCGGACGAGCCGAAUACGCUUGAUUGGAAGGAAGGCGGGUGGGUCAAGUCGCUGAAUCCGAACAGUGAGGCUGUGUAUGAGAAUGCUGUGGUUGAGAAAGCGGGGUUGGAGGAGCUCAAGAAGAUGGAGAAGGGUGAGAUGGUUCGGUUUCAGGGGCUCAGGACUGGGUAUUUUUGUGUUGAUGAGAAGGACUCGGAAGCCAAGGGGAAGGUUAUGCUGAACCAGAUCGUGAGUUUGAAGGAGGAUACGAGCAAGACGAGGUAG